AGCAGUGAACGUGUCAAUCAGGAUUAAUACCCCCACCUCCUCUGCAAGCCUGCCCUUGGCUCCUCCACAAGCUUCCAUGUGUGCGGGAGGCGCGCGUAUAAAAGCGGCGCACAGCGACUUGCGGAGCGCAUACAAGAUGACCGCAAUGGCCCGGAAUGGUUCUCCAUGACUUGUGGAAGAAUGAGCCACCAUGCAUGCAAAAGAAAGACACGUCCUGGAACUCCUGACGCGUUUUUAAUCAAGCUGGUUUGAAGGUGCGAAGCUGCAGCCUGCAGGCAGGUGAGACUGUUUCGCAGCAAGUCGUGCUUUAAAAAAAAAAAAAAAACUUUGCACAAACAUUACUAUGGAGCUGAAGAGCGCUUGUCGAGUGCUCCUCUUCCCGGUUCAAAUGCUCUUCUACGUGGUCCGGUCCGCGUUGUCGUGGCUGACGCCGAGCAGACGGAAGCAGCUGACCGAGGAGGUGGUGUUGAUCACCGGAGGGGGACGCGGUAUCGGGAGACACCUGGCCAAAGAGUUUGCCAAGCAGGGAGCCAAGAAGGUGAUCUUGUGGGGCCGAACAGAGAAAUGCCUCAAAGAGACGGCUGAAGAGAUCUCUCACUCGGGAACAGAAUGCCAUUACUUCCUGUGUGACGUGGCAAAUCGGGAGGAGGUUUACAAGCAAGCCAAGGUUGUUCGAGAAAAGGUGGGAGAUGUUACAAUACUCGUGAACAACGCAGCUGUGGUCCAUGGCAAGAGUCUGAUGGACAGCGACGACGACGCCCUUCUGAAAUCGCAGCACAUCAAUACGAUGGGCCAGUUUUGGACCACAAAGGCCUUUCUUCCCCGCAUGCUGGAGCUGCAGCACGGCCAUGUCGUUUGCAUCAACUCCAUCCUGUCCCAGUCUCCCAUCCCUGGGGCCAUAGACUACUGCACCUCCAAGGCGUCAUCGCUAGCCUUCAUGGAGAGCUUGACGCUGGGCCUGCUGGACUGUCCUGGCGUUGGCUGCACGACAGUACUCCCCUUCCACACCAACACCGAAAUGUUCCAAGGCAUGAGAGUCAGAUUCCCUCAACUGUUUCCACCUCUCAAGCCUGAAGUCGUUGCCCAGAAGACUGUGGAUGCUGUCCGAGCAGAUGUGGCGUUUCUGUACCUGCCUUGGACCAUGCAUGCUCUGGUCGUUCUUAAAAGCUUCAUGCCACAAGUUGCACUUGAAGAAAUCCACAAGUUUACAGGGAGUUAUACCUGCAUGAACACAUUCAAAGGGCGGACAUGAACCUUAAUGCUGGUUCAAUUCUACCCUGGCACCUCUUAAAUAAGGGAAUAUGGACCUAAAGACAUUUCGAGGUGCUGGAGAUGACAUCACACAGACGGAAGAGACAUUUGCAAGGUGCUUGAAUAUGCAGGUAGAACAAAAUUUGGACGUAGGGUUCACUGUGGGCACCUUCUUGAAUGUCAGGGGAUGUGUGUUUGUGUACAAUGUGAGUGAUGCCUUGCAUAGGUGCGUACCUGUGACACUUCAAUUUUAUGUUUGAUGUUUUUUUUUAACUUCCUUUUAUUUGUAUUUGCAUCAAGUCAAGAUAAUAAAAUGCAGUUCUAGACACCAAAAUUUUUUGUUUCAAUGGAAAAAAGACACUGUAGAUUCAUCUGCAGCAGUUUUUGGAUUGACAGACGAGAAUGUGAUCUGCUGUCAAAAUAAUCAGCUGGCAUUCACUUGGAACGUAAUGGUCGUUGAACGUAUUGGUCAAGACUUUGUCAUUGCCAUUCCGGAUGGUCCAAGAUCUGUUUGGUGUGGUUUUCUUCCUCCAAGUCCCAACUUCAUCUCAUGCACUACAAUAGCCAAAUUU